AUGACCCUGGCUCAAAUCCUCUUCACCGUUUGCGUUUCAAUUCCAGAAUGCAUCCGCAACCCUAAUGCGCUGCACCGCGUGAAGCUGGGAGAGUUCGUGCGAGAUGACAAGUCGCUCCUGGAAGACGGUGGCAACCUGCACGCCAUAUGGAACGAAGCUGUCGAGACGCUCGCUGUGCUGACGGCGGGCAGCGUGAUACAUUUCUACGAUGUGCGCACCACGCCCAAGCCGCUGCGCCUGGUGUCGCCAGACUCACCGCCCUCUCUGCUCGCCCUCAAGUUCCGCUCCUCCACGCGCGUUCCUCUCUUCGGGGACAACGUCUCCAUCAACGGCAUGGUAGCAGAUGAGGAUCACAUUCUGCUGGGGCUGUCCAGUGGUCGCCUGCACCUCGUGUCCUGGCGCGGCCAGCUGCGGGGCACAGCAGACCUAUGGCGCAAGCACAGCAGGGAGGUAGUCGGCCCUAUGUACGUGCCAGAAGCCAACGGUCUCCCCAGCACGCCCCACUCGCCACGCUCCUCCCCGCUCGCCCCCUCCUCCUCCUACCCCUACCCCGCCUCCCCGCCCGCCCCCUCCGCCGCCCCCCCCGCCACCCCCAAUGGCCGCACCAGCGGAGGAGCAGACCCAGGAGGAGUCGGGGGAGCAGGAGCAGGGGGAGCGGGAGGGGGAGCGGGAGCGGGAGGAGUGGGGGGAGCGGGGGGAGGGGUGGCGCAGAUGGUGUAUUCCCCCGCGCUGCGGCUGAUAGCGGUGGUGCUGGUGGAUGGGCGCGUGGUGCUGUGCUCUACAGGCGAGAGGGGGCUGAGGCCAGUGGAGGAGGUGACGCCUGAGAAGUGGGUGGGCGUGGUGGACGCUGCUACUGUGGCUGUCGGGGAGAGGCAGCAGCUGCUGGCCGUGGGUAGUAGACGUGGGACGGUUGAGCUGUUCGACCUUGCGAGGAGCUCUGCGCACCUGAGGACUGUGUCCUUGUUCGACUGGGGGUAUUCACUGGAGGACACGGGGGCAGUGGCGUGCAUAUGCUGGUCGCCAGACAACCUGGCGUUCGCAGUGGGAUGGAAACUGCGUGGGCUAGCCGUGUGGUCCGUGUCAGGCUGUCGCCUCAUGUGCACCAUUCGCCAGGGCUCCAUGAGCCUCCUCCCCCCCUCCUCCUCCUCCUCCUCUUCCACCACCACCGCCGGUAUCACCAGUCCCCGUAGCUCCGCCGCAGGCUCGGACCCAGCGUCCACGCCAGGCUCGGCAGCAGCCGGCGGGGCAGCAGGGUCGGCUACAGCCGCAGUGGUGAAGAGCAGUGAGCCAAUGGUGGGGGGUGUGGCGGCUGUAGCGUGGGGGGAGGAGGGGUAUCAGCUUGUAGCAGCGGAAGCAGGGAUGGUGGGGGAGGUGGCGGCGGGGGUGAGGGGGCGGCAGGCGGGGAGGCUGGUGCAGUUUGCGUUUGCGCGGCAGUGCUCGAGUAAGGCGGUGGCGGGGAGCUCGCAUGUGUGGCAGGCCAUGGCUGGCUCGGACCGGGUGCUGCUGGUGCAGAGUAAUGAGGAGGAAGAGUUAAGAGUGCAGCACCUUGUCAUCCCGCAAACGUACAUGGGGGUGAACUGGCCGGUGAGGCACGUGGCAGCGAGUGACGACGGGUCGUACCUGGCAGUGGCGGGGCGGCGGGGAGUCAUUCUUCACAACCUGCGGUCCAACAAGUGGCGCGUGUUCGGGGACGUCAUGCAGGAGCGCGCCGUCAAGUGCGAGGGGCUGCUGUGGGUCGGCAAGAUCAUCAUCGUGUGCAACCACAGAGUUGCAUCGCACUCCUACGAGCUCUGUCUGUAUCCGCGCUUCCACCUGGACGAGUCCUCUCUGCUGUGCCGCCAGCCACUGCCAGCGCGGCCUAUAGCGCUGGACGUAUGGGGCGACUACAUCCUGGUCGCCACGCCCCCCUUUGACAUCAAAGUGUUUCACAUGCACGUGGACGGGGACGUGUCACCGCUGCACUUACCCACCGUGCAGCUGCGCACAGUGAGAGAGCUUUCCAUCAUGUCAGCGCGCAAGCCCCUCGUGUCCAUGCGCUUUGUGCCGCGCACAGGGGACGCAGACGCACAGGGGGACGCGGACAGGCCGGGGGAGGGCGCAGGGAACCCAUCCCGAGAGGCGGAAGGCCAAGGCGCCACCACCAGCAGCAGCGAGCAGAGAUUAUCCAAGGAAGGGGCGCAGCAGGGGGCAGCCAGGAGGGGAGCAGCGGUGCAGGGGCGGGAUACGGGGAAAUCCGGCAAGGGCAGCAUUGUUAAAGACCCUUUAGCGGAGGCAAUGAGAAGACAGCCCACCAAGUGCAUGCUGCUGCGCACGGAUGGGGAUCUGUCUCUUUUGGACCUGGACAGUGGCAGUGAGCGGGCGCUGGUGGCGGGGGUUGAAAACUUCUGGCUCACGCAGGGAGGGGAUGAGGCUGCUGCUGCGCUGAUCGAGGAGGUGCCCUGGUGGGCUUACGGCCACAGGGGAAUGCAGGUGUGGUACCCCUCACUAUACCACGAUGCAUCAGGCCAGCCAGCAGAGGUACAACAGCUGGACCCAGAGCUCGAUUUUGAUCGCGAGGUGUACCCACUGGGGGUGUCGCCGGCAGCGGGGGUGAUCGUGGGUGUGAGCCAGCGCUUGUCGCUCUCCUCCUGUGCCGAGAUGCCCUGCUUCGAGCCCACGCCCCAGGCACAACCGAUUCUGCCCUGCCUGCUGCGGCACUUGCUGCAGCGCAACAAGAUGGAGGAGGCGGUGCAGCUAGCGCACCUGUCUGCCACGCGACCGCACUUCUCCCACUCCCUCGAGUGGCUGCUCUUCACCAUCUUUGAUGCUGAGACGUCCAGCGCGAGCGCACGGAGGCGGCGCAAGGAGGGGAAGAAGGGGCCGAGUCUGCUGGACCGGGCGUGUGAGCUGAUCCGGCACUUUGGGGAGUACCGAGAUGUGGUGGUGAGCGUUGCCCGCAAGACCGACAGCCGCCACUGGCCUGACCUCUUUGCCUCUGCUGGCAAUUCCAACACGCUCUUUGAGGAGUGUUUCGAGAACAAGCAAUAUCGCACCGCCACGUGCUACAUCCUGGUGGUGGAGAAACUAGAAGGCCCAACAAUCGGUCAGCAAAGUGCCCUGCGGCUCUUGCAGGUGGCAUUGCAAGAGUCUAUGUACGACUUGGCAGGCGAGCUGGUGCGCUUCCUGCUGAGGUCGGGGAGGGAGUACAGCCAAGCAGAGCAGGAAGACGAGAGGGCGAGCGAGAGUCUGCUAAAGAGCUUCUUCUCCUUCGGCUUCACCUCCACAGCCCCCAAGGCGAGAGGUGAUGUGUUGCACACGACAGUGAAGCACAUUCUGGGGGAGAAGGCAACGGCACUCAUGAGCAGCAAGGAGCUCCGGCAGCUCGUGGCAUUCGUUAAAGGCACCCAGUUUGACUUCACUGAGUUUCUGCGGUCGGAUCGAGGCAGGUCCAUUCGUCUUGAAGACUUCCCCACUGCCCUUCGCACCAUCCGCUACAAGAUCGCUCUAGAGGGCAAUCUACAGAGCAGGCUGGAUGCAGAGUUCCUAUUGGCCCACGUGCGCACCGUGGGCUUCCAUGAGUGGACCGUCGUGCUCGCCACGCUGCUGCAGCACUCCGAGGUGCUGGCAGAGCUAUUUCAGAACGACAUGAAGCUGUGGACCGCCUAUGUGAGAGCUCUCAAGGCACAACCAAAUGCAUCACAAUAUGACGAGCUUCUGGCAGCGGUUGAGAGAGACCUAACAGCCCAUUUGGGUCGUGAUAAUCCCGCUAUAUCGUCUCAUAGCCUCGCUUUGGGUCAUGCCACCUCUGCUCCAGCUAGCGGGGAGACCCACUGCCGUCGGCACGUCAGUGGCGGAAGGGGGGGGGAAUGCAGUGGUAGGGCGGAGCGAGGCGGAAGAAAGGGAGGCGAUGUGGCGGCUGUGCGCGAAAGAGAUGGCGCAUCUGAAAGCGCUGCUGCUGGGCGACGGCGGCGGCGGAACGCAAAGCGCGCCGCUGGAGCAGCGCGCCGAGCACGAUGGCUCGCAGGGGACCGAUUCGCGCAGCAACGGCGGCCCGCACACCCCCCACAUGGCUGGGCUGUUCUCAGGAGCCGCUACGGUUCAGGAAAACCUGGACCAGACAUCCGCACUACAAGCUACCCCACUGCAGCAGCAGCAGGAGGAAGGGCAAGGGCCUCCUCAGGCGAACGACCCCUAUCGGUUGUGCUUUCUCGUGGUGCUACUACGGAUCCUCUCGGGCACCUGCAACAGCAACGCACGGGAUCACCCGCUGAUCCAACGGCCAACUUCAAUCGCCCUGGGGCUGCGGCCCCUGAAAAGGUUAAGGAUACCACGGCGGGGGACACAGCGCGCUUCCACGUGGGAGGCGGAGGCGGGGGCGGGCGGAGCGCGAUGGUUGUAUCCGCGAUGCUGACGCCCCUGGGAAUCGUCGCGCUCUCACCGCAAGCACGCGCCAAUGCCGCUGUCCGUCCGCCAGAAUCUCGCUUGAGGAGCGUUGGGAUGAGCGAGGAGGUGGCGGCGAGGGUAGCAACGGAAGUGGCGAGGGGAGCGACGAAAACGGCGAGGGAAGCCGAGGAGCGUGAACUGCGGGAGAUUUGCAGUGCGCUGUUCUCCGCGGGAGCGCGGGAAGCGGAUUUUUUCUUACAGGGUGCGCUGGAUGGGGCUGGUGGGAAGGGCGUGGUCGGCAGCAGCUCAGGCUGGAACACGUCAAGGGACGCCGCACUCCCGCCGCAGCACGCAACUCCGCAGCACAAGCUUCUCCGCGACCAAGGCCCACUGCAGAAGACGAUGACCACCGAGCAGGAGAUAAUCAAGACGAUGCCAUUCCAAGACGUGUUAGCGGCAGCGGCAACUCAAGCAACGGCUCUGGAGGCCCCGCAAGGUGCGGCGCUGACCCCGCAGGAGAUGAUGCUGUUACGAGACGUGCUGGCAGCACCACCUCAAGGUCACGAGGCUGCGAGGUGGAUAGCUGAGAAAUCACCCCUCGCCACGCAGCCGUCGAUGGUCAACGCGGAAUCCUCAAUGGAAGGAUACAAGCGGCAGCCGCAGCGCAGCAGCGGCAUGGCAUGGGAGCGAGAUUUUUUGACGGGAAACACAGGGAAUGCGGAGCGAGGCGCCGUCCAUCACACCGUCGCGCAGCUUGGAGCCGUGGUGGCUGGGUCGUCUGGCUACGGACUCGCAGCAGCCGCGGAAACCGCAGCAGCAGGCGCAGCUGCCGCAGCAGCAGGCACUCAGCUCUCCUUCAACCCAUAUAGCAACAGCAGAUGUGGCGGCGUUGCUGGUGGCGUUGCUGCUAGAGCCUCGGCACGGUGGUCUCGUACCACUGCAGUUGGCGCGAGCGGUCCCACCGUGACCGCCGUUGGUGUUUCUAGUGUCGGUGCUGCUUGUAUCGGUGCGAGUGGGGGCAGCGCUGCAGCGCUGCUCCCUGAGAUGCGGCCUAAGAUGGACGCGUCGCUACCGUCGCCCGCCACUGUCGACCGUGCAAGUGUCGAGUCUUGCAGAGUGCCGGUACCCGUGCCGGCAGUAACCUCUGCGCUAGAGGAACAGAACAUGCCAUACUACCGUCCUGAUUCGUCACAGGAAUUUGGGGGGGGACGGGGAAUCAGUGAGGCAGGGGCCGUGCCGCUCUGGGCAGGAGCGCAGGCAGUGUGGAACUCGAGGGAAAUGGAUCCAAUUCGCUCUCAAGGCUUUCCUGGAUUCCCUCCCCCGCCGGCCGCGCCGGCGUGGGAUGGGUUGCGCUGUCUGGUGUGCGGUACGGCGCUAAGCGUGGAGAAUACGAAGGCGGCCAGAGAGUUAGCCAACCACGUGAGGCCUCAGAAGGAUCCGGGGAUUGGAUUGCGCGUCCACGGGUGUAACACCUGCCUUAGACUGCUGGUUCCCUUGUACUUUCGGAGGUUGGAGACGGAAAAGGCUCAGGACUCAGUUACUGAUGUUGGUUCGCGAAGAGUCCAAGGAAGCGGUAAUGGGACGGGAGAUGCGAAUGAUGGAGACGCUGCUGUCGGAGAGACGCGAGAGGACCUGCACCAGGAGGCUGUUGGAGCCGCAGCAGAGGAGGCUACACAGUGGAAGGAAGCGGUGAGAGCACGAAAUAGAGGCAACCCGCAGCAUGAGGAUACGCAACACAGACGCGACGUGCCGUCAUCACAAAUGGAAAAUGUUUCAGAAAUUGGAGACGAUUGGAACAUUGCGCCUCGGUGUCCCCAUUCUCACUCUCUGAAAUGCGACGUGCAUGCGACUCGGCUUAGCGACGGAAAAUGUGAAAACGCGCAAGGGCAUUCGCUGUUGUCGCCUGCUUCUGGACUUCGUCGUCUGCGAGAGUCGCCUGAUACAGUGAGGUCACAGGACGCUGAGGAGGUUGCUUGGCCAGAGGAGCUGCGUGUUCCUUUUGAGCGAUACGGCCCGAUUAAGGAUGUCUACCUUCCGAAGGACUAUCAUACAGGCUUUUUCGGGUUUUUGGGAAUUACGGCAGGGAAGGGAAGAGGCAUUUUGUUGAUUGGUCAAGCUUUCAAGUCUCUGAAGUUUCGAGGCUGGAAAGAUGAGCUUGAAGCGAAUUUUCCUAUUUUUCCUGUCUUCUCCAAUGAUGUUACUCUUUUUGGUGGUGCGCUUUCGCAACCCGGUAACCAGUUCGUGAACAUGGCGGAUGCGGAGGACGCCCAGUACGAGCUGGAUCGGACCAACUUCAACGGCAGGGAGAUCACGGUGGUCUUCGCAGAGGAAAAUCGCAAGAAGCCUGAGGAGAUGCGCACCCGGGAGCGAUACAGGUCUCCCAGCUAUUCCAAUGACGACCGAAGUUACAGCCGCUCGCCCUCCCCCCGUGGGCACGGCCGCGGCCGCUCCCCUCCCCCACCUCGCAACGGCAACGCUGAUGCUCCACCUAGGGGUCGGAGUGGUAGUGCAGGUGGAGGUGCAGCAGGUGGCGAAGGCGGGCCUAGCAGACCAUAG